AUGUAUAGUUAUUUUAUUUAUUGUUUGUGCUAAGCACCCCCAUUCUCUAUUUUUAUAUAUAUAUAUCACUAGAUGCCUGUAUAUGAAUGUAUCUCCAUAAGUGUUAUGACUUUCAGCUAAGCAAAACAAAAGUGUGAUAGAAUGCGAAUGUAACUGAAAAAUGAACAAUAAAAAAUUGAAGAGCAGCAGCAAGCAGCAGCAAUAACCGCAACAACAACCACAAUAAUAAUAUAUUUAUAAUCUUGUAUCGGUUAGUGCGCAAAAUCCAGUUAUAAAUUCAUCCAAAUCACAUAAAGUAUUAUAAAGGGUCGGAGAGUCUGAUGUUAUGUUUUCUCUUUUCUGCGUUUGCUGGGGUUGGUGGUGUGCUGCUGCUGCUGCUGGUGCCAUUACGCUGCUAAUAAAAGGUGUAUCAGACACACACUUAUAGAUAAACGCCAUACAUAGACAGAUAGACAAUACACAAAUCGAUAAAAAAUGUUUCCACAAUGAACAUAACUUUACAUCACAUUUAAAUUUAUUUAAAAAAAAAUAAAUAAUAAUAAUUAAAAACAAAAUAUAUCGCCUUAAUACGUCAAAAAGAAACAAAAAAAAAAAAAUAUAUAGAAAAAGUGUUAAAUAAAAAAUGGACUCAAGUCAUCAUGUAACGGUGCCGUUACGUUAUGGUAUUAAAAAAAUGCGUAAACGUCGCGAUUUAGAUGCCUUGCUGGCCCAAAGUCACCAAAAGACGGGUACUUUGAGACGUUGCAACGCAACUCGCGUUGGUGGCAGUGGAGUAUACUCACAAGAUAAACUAUUAAAUGCCGCCUCCACUGAUGAUCAGGAAGAUUACAAUUGGCAACCGAAAAUUAAGCAACCUGCUCACCAUUGCGGCCAUAAUAAACAGACGAUUUUACGUUUAUAUAUCAUUAUACUAUUCAUCGUGAUUCUUAUGAUUUUCGUUGGUUUUACUUAUUGGUUAAAUUUCAAUUUACAACAACAAAUCUAUGAAUAUCGUCAAAAAGUUGAACAAGUUUCAGCUACGAGUCAAUUGUUACCGGAUACCUUGCAGGCUUGGCACGAAACGUCCACUACCUUAAUAAAAAAUCAAUCACUUAUUGUAACGAAAAUCUCCGAACUACAGUAUUCCGUGCAGGAAUUAUGGAAAAAUUUCACGGAAUAUCGCCUCUCUAUGGAGGCACAAAAAAGCUAUGAGAAAGAGGAAAAAUUGGUAGCUGAUUUCGGUGCUAAAAUAGAGGCCAUUGCUACAGAUGUCGAAAGCAUGAAAGAUCAUUAUAAUGGCAUUAGUGAGAAACAAGAAAACCUACAAACAGUUUUUAAUAACUUAAAGUCAAACUUUAGUGAUGGUCUUAAGAAUAUGGCACAACCGUUGAAUUACACAAAUGAAUUAAAAGGCUUAAGAGCAGAUGUCAAUAGUAAAUUAGACAAAUUGGAGCAGAAUGUCAGUUUUAUUAAUGACACGCUAACGCAAAAAUCAAUUAUGAUGCAAGAGGAGUUAGUUAAACAUAAGAAUAAACUCGAUGAGUUAUUCGAUCGCAGUGCCAAUGUAACAUCACAUGUUACAUCGUUAGAGAAUAGCUGGCCCGAAUACAAGCAAAAAGUAUUAAACUUCAGCAUUGAUAUUCCGCGUCUCGAUGAAGAGAUAUCGAAAUUGAGUGCUAACUAUCAAAAAUUGGAUGUGACAUUGCAAAACGUUUGCAAAGAAUGUCAAAAUUCAUACAUCGAAUCUUUACAACGGCAACAGAGGCAACAGCACAAUAUUAACAACAACAACAACAACAACAACAAUAAUAAUAAUAAUAAUAAUUUUGUUGAAACUAUCGCAAUAAAAACGACAACGAGCACUUUGCGACCUGAAAACACGGUGUAGUAUGAUUAAGAUUUAAUUGAAAAUUUUACGCGUGUAUAUGUGUUUAUGUGAAUUUUUACAUUUAUUACCAUUAUUAUGUGCAU